CCCUCCCUCUAAAAGCACUCUGUGUGGGGAGCAUGAGAGCCAGACCAAAGCUCAGAGGAACCAGCCUGGACCUCCACCCACUGUUUCAUCUAAGAGCAAACGGAUGAAGAAUUUCUUUCGUGAUUUAGGACGAAAAAAUACAUUGGAUAAAAAGAUCCAUCAGAGACCUGGACCUGAACCCAGGACUGUGUCCUUAAAGAGUGACUGGUCAGAAGAAUGUUUAAAUAAUUUUAAAGGAAAACAGUUUUCUGCUUCAGAAAGAAAGAUGAUGAAAGAACCUGUAGAAGAACCACUAAUCAAAGCAGCUUCAUCAGCAGAGGAGGAGCUUGUCAGGGUGCGAACAGCCUUUGUUUGGAGGGUGUCAACAGAAAUCCUUAAACAGCUCCUUGAGGCCCUGGUAACUGAUGGUGUCUUAAAUGAAUUAGAGAAAGAUUCAAUACUGGAAGGGAACCCUGUCAGAGCAGAUAAGGCCCGCUGCUUCAUCGAUACAGUAAGGAAGAAAGGGGACAAAGCCUCCAGGAUAAUGAUCCGACAUCUUCAGAUCAAAGAUCAAUCUCUUUUCUCUCAACUGCAUUUAUACUCUGAUCCAUCUGCUCAGCAAGAGGCUCUUCAAAAUUGUCAGCCUAGACUGAAAUCUGCUCUAAGGAAGAAGUUCCAGUGUGUGUUUGAGGGGAUCGCUAAAGCAGGAAACCCAACCCUUCUCAAUCAGAUCUACACAGAGCUCUACAUCACAGAGGGAGGGACUGCAGAGGUCAAUGAUGAACAUGAGGUCAGACAGAUUGAAACAGCAUCCAGGAAACCAGACAGACCAGAAACAAAAAUCCGACAAGGAGACAUCUUUAAAGACUUACCUGGAAGGGAUGAACCAAUCAGAACAGUGCUGACAAAGGGAGUGGCUGGCAUUGGGAAAACAGUCUUAACACAGAAAUACACCCUGGACUGGGCUGAAGACAAAGCCAACCAGGUUAUCCAGUUCAUAUUAAAUAUUAAUGAACCUAUUCCCACUAACUGCAUAUCUUUGGACUCUGGGAGGAAGCUGAAGUACCGGGAGAGAACCCAUGCAAACACGGGGAGAACAUGGAAACCAACCAGGGUCUUUGCCCCCAGGGAUUCCACCAUUUGUCAGAUGGUGGUGGAAAUGAACUAA